AUGGCUGAACCAGAAUUUCAACAAGCUUACAACGAAAUUGUUUCCUCUUUAAAGGAAUCUACCCUUUUCGAAAAACAUCCAAAAUACGAAAAAGUUUUGCCUGUUGUCUCCGUGCCUGAAAGAAUCAUUCAAUUCAGAGUCACUUGGGAAAAUGAUAAAGGUGAACAAGAAGUCGCCUCUGGUUACAGAGUUCAAUACAAUUCUGCCAAGGGUCCAUACAAAGGUGGUUUAAGAUUCCACCCUUCCGUUAAUUUAUCUAUCUUAAAAUUCUUAGGUUUUGAACAAAUUUUCAAAAAUGCUCUUACCGGUCUAAAUAUGGGUGGUGGUAAAGGUGGUCUAUGUGUCAACCUAAAAGGUAGAUCUGAUAAUGAAAUUAGGAGAAUUUGUUACGCUUUCAUGAGAGAAUUAAGCAAGCAUAUCGGCCAAGAUACUGAUGUCCCAGCUGGUGAUAUCGGUGUCGGUGGUCGUGAAAUCGGUUACCUAUUCGGUGCCUUCAGAGCUUACAGAAACUCUUGGGAAGGUGUCCUAACUGGUAAAGGUUUAAACUGGGGUGGCUCUUUAAUUAGACCAGAAGCUACUGGUUACGGUGUCGUUUACUUCACCCAAGCUAUGAUUGAUUUUGCCACAAAGGGUAAAGAGUCAUUUGCUGGUAAAUCUGUUGCCAUCUCUGGUGCUGGUAACGUUGCUCAAUUCGCAGCAUUAAAAGUCAUUGAAUUAGGUGGUACCGUUGUAUCUUUAUCUGAUUCUAAAGGUUGUAUUAUUUCCAAUGCAGGUAUUACUGCUGAACAAAUUGCUGCUAUUGCUGAAGCAAAGAUUCAUUUCAAGAGUCUUGAAGAAAUUGUCGGUGAAUAUUCCGCCUUUGCUGAAAAUAAAGUUAAAUACAUUGCCGGUGCUCGUCCAUGGUUAAAUGCCGGUAAAGUUGACAUCGCUUUACCAUGUGCUACUCAAAACGAACUUUCCGGUGAUGAAGCCAAGGGUUUAGUCGCUGCCGGUGUUAAAUUCGUUGCUGAAGGUUCCAAUAUGGGUUGUACUCCAGAAGCCAUUGAAGUCUUCGAAACCGCUCGUUCUACUGCUAAAUCCGUCUCUGAUUCUGUUUGGUACGCUGUCGGUAAGGCUAGUAACUGUGGUGGUGUCGCUGUCUCUGGUUUAGAAAUGGCUCAAAACUCUCAAAGAACAAGAUGGACUAGAGAAACCGUUGACAAAGAAUUAAAGAAAAUCAUGAUCAAUUGUUUCAAUGACUGUGUCAAUGCCGCACAAGAAUACACUGUUGAAGCUAGCAAAGAAAACUUGCCAUCUUUGGUCAAAGGUGCUAACAUUGCUGGUUUUGUCAAGGUCGCAGAUGCCAUGUUCGACCAAGGUGAUGUCUUCUAA